AUGCCCUUCUCACACCACAGCCACUCGGGCCAGUUCUGCCCCGGCCAUGCCAAAGACUCCCUCGAGGAGAUCAUCCAACUAGCCAUUGCAAAGAAGUUCAAAGUCUUCUGCUUAACCGAACACAUGCCCCGAGGCAUGCAGGAUCUGUACCCAGAAGAGAUCGAAGCCGGCGACACCGAAGCCGCCAUGCUCGCCAACGAAGCCGCAUACUUCGCCGAAGCCACCCGGCUGCGCGAGAAGUACGCCGACCAGAUCCACGUCCUGAUCGGGUACGAGAUCGACUGGAUCCGGCCGGAGUCGCGCGCGCUGGUCGAGCGCUCCCUCGCGCGCUUCCCCUUCGAGUUCUUCAUGGGCUCCGUGCAUCACACCCUCAAGGUACCCAUCGACUAUGACCGGCCGAUGUAUGAGAAGGCGCGUGACCUCGCCGGCGGCUCUGACGAGCGCCUGUUCGAGCGCUACUUCGACGAGCAGCUGGACAUGCUGCAGCAGCUGAAACCGCUGCUCGUGGGCCACUUUGACCUCAUCCGGUUGAAGAGUGAUGACCCGGAGCGCAGCUUCCGCCAAUGGCCUGGGGUGUGGGAGCGCGUGCUCCGGAAUCUGGACUUCAUUGCUGGGUAUGGAGGUAUGUUGGAGCUGAAUUCGGCUGCGCUGCGGAAGGGGAUGAGUGAGCCGUAUCCCAAGGAGGAGAUUUGCAGAGAAUUCCUGGCACGAGGAGGCCGCUUCGUUCUCUCAGAUGAUAGCCAUGGGUUGGAUCAGGUGGGUUUGAACUUCCACCGGGUGCUGGCGUUCAUGGAGAAGGCUGGUAUUUUGACUUUGCAUUAUCUGGAGCUGGGUUAUGGGCCGGGUGUGGAUGAACGAUUCCCUCGGACUCAGAUUCGCUCGAUCCACCUGGAUGAGCUGAAGAAGAUGUCCUUUUGGCAGUAG